AUGACGCAGCCCCCUGCCUUGUCUACCCUUCAGACCAUCCGCACAUCAAGGAUAAAGGCUGUUGACUUUCACUGCCAGCAACCAUGGGUCGUGCAAGGGCUGUUCAGUGGGGAGCUGGCCCUCUAUGACUGGGCAGUAGGAAGAGUCCUUAAGACCAUAUCUGUUUGUCCGCACCCUAUUCGCGCAGUUCGUUUUCUUCCAAAGACUAGUUUUCUUCUUGUAGGUUCUGAUGAUGGCGUUCUACGCCUUUAUGAAUCUGGCUCCCUUCAGAAGCGUGCCGAAGUGACGGCUCAUUCUGACUGCAUCCGGGCCAUUGAGAUCCAUCCUACAAGUGAUGAAACCGUCGUAUUUACAGGUGGCGAUGAUGGAGUCAUACGUGUCUGGAGUCUCAACAGUCAGGCUACCGGAUUUAAUUUAGAGCAAGAAUUGCACGGGCAUGCGCACUUCGUGAUGUCACUCUGCAUAGACCCAGCAGGUCUCAAGCUUAUCUCUGGAUCGAUGGACUCUACAAUCAAAGCGUGGGAUGUCAGCCGCCUUGUCAAUAUGGAGUCAUUCCGUGCCAAGGCUACUAUAGCCGCAGAUGCUCCUGCUGUUGGGGUUCUCCAGACAAACUUCAGCACCUAUACUAAUGAUGAAGAGGAUAGAGGCCUCGCCAUGACUUAUGCUACUUUGGCGGCACAAGGACUUACAAGGGCAAUCGGAACAGUCUUGAAAAGGGGGAGGGAUGACGGGUAUACGUCUGCCGAUGACAUGAAGACUCUUAUGCCGAAAGCCACAGCGAUUUCGUUGUUUACGUUAUUUGGUCACGAGCAAGGGGUCAAUAGCGUGUGCUGGUGCGAGAGUCUCAACAAUGAUGUUACAAGCAAUCCGUAUUACACCGGGGGAUUGCAGUACAUUGCAUCAGGAUCCGAUGAUACAACUAUCAGGAUCUGGGACACUCACUCUCGUGCGGUCGUUCGUGAGUUUGACCACCACUCAGCAAGUGUCAGCUGUGUUUCGUAUGUUACUGGUUCUAGCUAUCUUCUCGCUGUUGCUGAGGAUAAUAAUCUUUCCAUCAUUAAUACAACGUCCAUGACUUUGGAACGCACAAUGAACUAUAGCCUUGGGAGAAUGUGGGCUGUCUCUUACAAUUUUGAUGUUUCUGGGGUCUAUGCUGCAAUUGGCUGUGACCAAGGGCUUGCUGUUGUGAGGAUAGGUGAAAGUACUCUUAAAUACGCCUCCUAUGACGGAUCCUCAACUGCUGGACACAGAUCUUUUCUAGCAAUUGCGGGAACUCCAGUUCCUGGAAGUCGUAGCAUAAUUCCAGGGCCAGGAGCUGGCGUAGCAUUUUGCACCUUGACAGGCGCUUUAGAGCAAGUGGAAUGGAAGACAAUUUCACCGGAGGAGACAGGACCUUUUGUAAAGGACUUAACUUACAGCCCGAACGGUCGCUUCUUGGCCAUAACUGGAGACGGUAGCUACGCACUAGUUUCUACAAUGUCUCUCAAAAAGAAGAUUGUCGGCUCUUGCUAUGCACUCGCUUUUGCGACAGACUGUGAGCCCUUGAAUUUUGUUUAUAGAGACGACGCGCUGGAUGAAAAGGCCUCCAAACUUUUGCUCACUGAUCGUGCCGAAGAGGGGCUAUACGCUAUUGUUGAUGAAAAACGGAGAAGACUGGCAAUGCAUUCUCUAGCAAAAGAAAAUGUGGAGCUAUGUUCUUUGAAGCUUAUUUAUACCGCCCAGACCCUUGUUUCAGGGCCCUUGCUGGCUGUGCUAGCUGAAGAUGCUGUUGUAUUCUUUGACUGGUCCCGAAGCUUCAAGUUCCUCUGUCAGGUCAACGUGACGGCAACAUCCUUGAUUUGGAGUGGCGCUGGAGACAUGCUUGCAAUCACUUCGCCCGCGGAAACAUACAUCCUUGGCAUAAACUGGGGAUACAUAACUGCAAAUAUUGAUAAUGAAGAAGUUUAUGAUAAGGAAGAUGGGUUACUGAAUGCGGUAGCUCUUUUGCAUGUUAUAGACAAGGAAGUAGAGUCCAUAGCUUUCAACACUGAUGGAACCUCCAUUCUUUAUUGCGUAAGUCUUCGGGGGAGCUCCAGCCAACUAGAAAAUUCCACUAGCCUAAUUUAUCAGAUGAGUACCAAAGAACUUAUCUCUUUGGUAAACGUAUCAUCUGAAUCGGCUGGAAUAUCAAUAAUGCCGUCUGCCAUAGUUGUAGAGGGUGCUAAUAGAAUAUUGGGCAUAGGGCUCGUUCAACCCAUUAAAGAAAAGGAUGGUGAUGUAAUUAACUUACAGAAUGACCAGAUCAUUGUACUUGGCACGCCAAUACACAAUGGAUCUGGGUCGUUGCAUUCUAACACCAUAACCCUACUGAACGCUAGGUUAGAUAACCGUAUGAUUAAGUUGAAGCAGCUUCUGCUGGAAAAGAAACUGCAAGAAGCACUUGAGUUGGCCCGUUGUUUCACAGAAAAUACCGUUCCCGCAGCUCACCAACUUAUUAAAGCAGGCUUAUCUUACGAAGACGUUGAGGGAAUUCUACAUAAUGCCGAGCAAAAGAGUCUAAUCGCUUCGUAUGCUGGUCGUGUGGACAUACAGCUUACUCUCUUUCCUAAAUCUGCUGAUUAUGAUAGUCCCGAAGCAAAGCGGAAGAUGGGCGACUUGGCCUUUCGUAGUGGCUAUUUGGAAGAUGCGUAUUCUCUAUACAAAGACGUGGAAAAUUAUCCCAUGUGCUUUUUGUGUGCCUAUAUUGUGGGUAGUGUUGAAAAGCUUAAUGAGUUAAGCAGCCUCACUACUGAUCUUGCUCUAAAGUAUCGCAUAGCUUGUGCUAUUGGUAAUGACAAACUAGCCUACCAAGCGCUCGAUGGGAGGGCGUGUUCCCCUCCUGAAAUGGACGAUGAUAAACACUGUAAAGGGAACCCGGUCCUUAAGUAUAUAUUUGCUGAUAACCAUGAAAAUGUUGCUGAUUCCGCAGCGCUUCUCAAAGAGGCUUGUGACUAUUUAAAGAAAAGCGGAAGAUUGAUUACGUUCCAAGGAUAA